UCCUCCCAGCAUGACAGACGGAGCUCAGCAGGCACUGAGGAGGAUCAUGGAGAUCUACUCGAAGACGACGCGCUUCGCUCUCGCCUGCAACGCCUCCGAUAAGAUCAUCGAGCCGAUCCAGUCCCGCUGCGCCGUGCUGCGCUACUCCAAACUGACCGACGGCCAGAUCCUCGUCCGGCUACAGGAAGUGGUGGAGAAAGAGCGCCUCUCGGUGUCCGACGAUGGACUGGAAGCCAUCAUCUUCACCGCGCAGGGAGACAUGAGACAGGCGCUGAACAACCUGCAGUCCACUCACGCCGGCUUUGGCUACAUCAACAGCGAGAACGUGUUUAAGGUGUGCGACGAGCCCCACCCCCUGAUGGUGAAAAGCAUGCUGGGACACUGCGUGGACGGGAACAUCGACGAGGCCUACAAAGUCGUGGAGCAGCUGUGGGCGCUGGGCUACUCUCCAGUGGACAUCAUCGGGAACAUCUUCAGGGUCUGUAAGACCUACCAGAUGGCCGAGUACCUGAAGCUGGAGUUCAUCAAGCUUCCUGUCACGCGGAGAAACAGGAAGGACGAUGCUGCUGUCUGCUGGGUUGCUGCCUUGAGCGGACGGUGGCCACUUGCGUACAUCUGAGCGCUCAGGAAAUAUGAAUAAUAACUGAGGAGCAGUUCUACUGAUGGCUACUGAUUAAAGGAAAGCUUAAACAAAGUGCUGAACAUGAUUGAUGGACGGCUCCCCGCUGCUGUUACAGAUCUGGAUGUUUUAGGUUUUGGGAAUUUUCCUGAACUUUCUGAGCUCAGGCACACAAACAUUGAUUUUUACCUGGAUCGUGUUCCUGAGGGCAAAUGUCAGAGCUGAGAUAUCCAGACUUUCCUCUCCACGGCCACCUCCUUUCCCGGAAACUCAUUCCAGCUUCCAUGAUUUAUUUAUGUUGUCCUGUUCUGAGGUGAGGACGGGAACAGAUCGAGGAG